CGCGUGUAACAUAAACAAGAAAUGUCGCUGCUGGAACAGUACGAGCAGCAGUACGCAGCUCUGAUUGCGGAGAUAACAGCGCAUAUCGGACGAUUGCAGCAACAGAGCAGCAGCAGUGACCGUAAUGAGCUGUGCAGUAAAAUCGAUGGCAGCCUGCCCGAGGCACAGGAGCUGCUGGAGCAGAUGGGCCUGGAGGUAAGAGAGCUGAAUCCAGCACAGAGAACAAGCUUCAACAGCAAGCUGCAGGUGGCCCAAGCCGAGCUGCGACGCCUCCAGGCGGAGUACAAGCAAACCAAGAAUAAGGCGCAGCCAAACGCCUUUACAACCUUGGACUUGGGUGGGGCCGGGGACUUUUACGAGGAUGUGUCCAUUAACAAUGACCAGCGACAACGCCUACUAGACAAUUCCGAGCGGAUUGAGCGCACUGGCAAUCGACUGACCGAGGGAUAUCGGGUAGCCGUGGAGACAGAGGCUCUGGGCGCACAAGUACUGAACGACCUGCACCAUCAGCGCGAGACCUUGCAAGGUGCCCGGGCACGUCUGAGGGAAACAAACGCCGAUCUCGGCCGUGCCUCCCGCACCUUGAACACCAUGGUGCUGAGGGCUCUGAGAGAAAAGGUCGUUUUAUAUGGGGUUGGUGUGUGCUUCGUGGUGGCUGUGGGUGUCAGCCUAUAUCUCACCUUUGCCCCGAGUUCCUCGGCCGCCACCUCAUAGUUAACCUAAUAGAAAC